GGCACAUGGUGAUUGAGCCGCAAAUCUGUCCCCAAAGUCCAGCCAUCCUUCCGCCCGCCAACUAUUUGAACACUCUGUCGUCCGCUUGUCGACUGAAACCCUACGCCCUCUAAGCCUUGGAGCUUCUUCUUCACCCGCCCGCCCAUACCCCGCAAACCAGCUGGCACACGCGAACAAGCAAUGUCGUCCCACCACAACUCGCAUUUCCAGCCCCCGCCUCCAAUCCGCACGUCGACGGCCGACUCACAGUCAUCCGGCACAAUGUCUCCCAGCUCGCCAGACAUGCUGUCGCCGACAUCGACUUACUCACGUGGAGGGCGUGGAGCGGCCUCGCCAACCGAGGAGUCGUUUUUCGGCGCCAUCACCUCACGGAUGCGCGGCCGAUCACGGAGCCGCUCUCGCUCGGGAGACCACCGCAAGCGGUCCAAGUCCCCGAUGGUAAUGCCACCCGAGCAGUUCCCACCAUCCUCGACCGCGCGUCCCAUGAGCGCAACAUACGCCCCAGUGCGACCGCAGCAUGACAGGCAUGUCUCGACCAGCAGUCAACACUCGACCGCUUCGAUCAAACCGACGAGACCCAGUCUUCAGGGUCCACAGAGGAGGAGCACCAGCGGCAGCGACCCGUGGCAUGGUCGUCAUUCGAACUCCUGGCUGUUCAACGACUUCUCAGUCAGAGAGCACGCCAAAGACCUGCUGCACAUGGGACGGAAGCCGUCGGCGUGAUCAAAGGGUCGCGCAGGGCGGUCUGCGACCUGCCCUGCAAGAGGAGACAGGCCGGGUUGCUGCUGGAAGGCAUCACACUCCUCGAGGGAGUGUCCGAUGGUCCCUCUACGCUUCUUACGCUAAUGAUUGAACGGGAUUAAUGAAUUUGGAUGAGGAUUAAGUCUCGUUGGUUCGGAUGAUGCCCGCUAGAUGCAGAGCUGUCGUUCGAUGUUUUCCUUAUCGAUCCUCUCUAGCAUACACAGGUUGAGCUGUCGUUUCCUAUACCAUGUACAUUAGCCUAGAUUGAGGAUACCUUGCGCGAAAGGAAAAUUGCAUUCGGUUGCCUAGAAUCUCGGUUUCCUAAUGGUGUGUGUGUGUGUCGUGUUCCUCCCGUGUAGCGUCGAAGCAGGAGUAAAUG